UCUUUCGUACAAUCGUUAUCAAUGACUCUCUUUGAUCGUUAUAAUGUAAUAAGCAACAAUAAAAGAGUGCAUCAUUGUUUACUGUAAUUAUUUGGUAAGAUUGUGUAAUAUCUUCAACUAGUCAUGUCCGCGAAGGUAUAUCUACCAGAUCAAGAACUUGAAACAAAAGUCAAAAAAGCUACUGAACGUAUAUCGGAAAAUAUGCACAUUGUAGCUAAUGAGCCAUCGUUGGCAUUUUAUCGUUUACAAGAACAUGUGAGGAAAGCUUUGCCUCCCAUGGUAGAAAAGCGGGUCGAGGUACUCGGGCUUCGACAACAACUACAGGGUCGUUGCUAUGAUGUAGAGUAUGCAGUGGCUGCUGUACAAAAUAUUCAGGGUGCAGAAAAGAGUUUCAAUAAUACCUUAGAGCUUUUGAAAAAUGCAAUCUUUUUCAAGCAACAACUAAAGUACGAAGAGCAAAGGCGGCAUAAAAAGGAAGGAAACAGAGACUCGGUGUACAAAAGACUAUCAGCACAUAUUCCUACAUUAGAUCAUUUACCCGAUGAGAUAUCUGAUGUUGUUAGAGAAACGGCAAAUAGAGUUGAAUCUAUGAUGAAUCAUGCAAGACAUUCCAGUGACUUACAGCGAGCGAAUACAACACAUAAUUAAACACAUCUGAGAAUAAUUAUUAUUAUGUUUAAUCAUUGUCUCCAAAUUAGGCCAUGAUCAGAGAAAUAGUUGCAAUAUUCCAGAUUCCUUUACAGUUAUUUUACACUCUUGGAAUAAUUUAUUUAAUAUUUAAUUGUUACUGUCAUAGAUAAUAAAUUUAUAUAUUUUUAAUUAUCAUA